AUGGGCACAGUCUGGGUGCGAUGCCCAGUCGCUGCAGCCAAAGCCCUGAUCGAGGCAGGUCGGGUGAAGGUAGGUUGGACGAUGGCUCGGGUGCAAUCACUCGACCCGAGACCCAUGCGGUGCUACCGGUGUUUGCUCACGGGUCACGUGGGCCGACGGUGCACUGCGGGGGAAGACUGCAGCGAUAAAUGCUAUCACUGUGGUCAGGGUAGCCACAAGGCCGCGAGGUGUGCCGAGCCAUCGCCAAAGUGCUGGUACUGCGCUGCGGCUAACCGCAACUCGGACCAUAGAGUCGGCAGCACUAAACAGUGCCGCCAAAGGCCAGAGCCGCAGCCGCGGCGCAGGUUACCGACCGGGGGGGGGGAUUCGAUGGACACCUGA